AUGCCCUCCUACAAGACUGGCCUGCCUACCGUGCGGCGCUCUGCUGGGCCCGGGCCCAAGAGUACAGGGCAGAAGCGCAGGGGCCGGCCGCCGCGCCAGCCGUCGCCGACGCCGCGGGAGGUCUACGAGAGGCAGGCGGCGCCUAGGUACAUGCCAUUCCUGUGCGAGUGGCCCGGCUGCAAGGCGGAGCUGCAAAACCUCACGAGGCUGCGGAAGCACAUCCACGUCGUCCACGGGCAGAUGGACCCGCUGCUGUGCCGGUGGGCGCACUGCAACGACAGAGACCUGGUGUUCGCGCAGAAAUUUGAGUUCCAAGACCACGUGGACGAGGAGCAUCUCACUCCGUUUGUCUGGCACGUCGGGGACGGACAGCGGAAUGAGCGGCCCAUAACCAAGGCGGAUGAGAUCUCGGAAAAGCUGCCGGCUUACCUGCUCGGCCCGAACGGCGAGCAGGUGACGCCGUGGGUGAAGGACCAGGAGAUCCAAGACAUCCUGACGUGGCGGGAGAACCGACGACGGCUCAAGCACAUCCUCAUGCAGCGGGACGCUAACGCUCCAAGCGAGGAUGAGGAUGAGGUUGAGGACUCGUCGAAUGAAGAGCCUCUUCCCGGCUAG